GAGAAAUCUUGGUGGUCAUAAAAAAAGUCCAAAGAUCAGAGAGAGGAACAAAUAGACAAACCACAGAGCAGAGACCAUCCAGUCUUCUCCACCAGCAGAGCUGAACCACCGCUCCUUCAGACGACGGGUAAGACACAAGGAACUCUGGGAAUAUCAGCAAAUUUAUUGAACUGAUUUGUGGGACAUUAAUGAAUAUGUGGCGCUUUUUCUGUACUUUUUUCUUGAUUUAUGAGGUGAAAUUUAAUUUUAUUUAAAAAUGUUUACACUUUGAUUAUCCUGUGUUUUUAUGAGAAAACUGGACUGUUAUUAUUGGGUUAGUUAAACCUUUACAAAACAUUUAUUUGUACUCUUUUAUGUUUGUCUCAAAUUUAAAAGGUUUUAUUUCAUGAUCCUGCCUCACUGACUUUAAAAUUGUACAGUUGUUAGCUUUAGUUCUGAUCACGGAGGAGAGUUUAAUUUAUAGAUUAUAUUCUUAUCAACAGAGAAAGAAAAAUUAAAUACGAACAACUUCGUCAGAGUUUGUAUCAUCCUCUUAAAUAUGAGCUAAGGCCUUUUAGAGAAAGGAGAGAUUUUAAAUUUUAUAAUACACUUUACUCUUGUAAUUUAAACUGAUAAACAGAUUAAAGACUUAAAUUAGCUCCACAAAUCUCACAUUAAUGGAAUAAAACAAACAACAGGUGCAUCUCAAGAGGUUAUAAUACAGAAAAAAGUUCAUAAGUUUCAUUCAGUUAUGAAAGAAAAUGAAUAUAUUGUGUAUUUUAGUCAACUAAAAUGUGUCCAGCUGUUUGAAAAAGUUUUAAAAUGUUUGAAUUUUUCAUUUUUAAUUACUUGUUGUGAAAAAUAAGUUUUUCAAAAUAUUUUCUUUUUUUUAUAAACCUGUAAAAAACAUAAAAAUGUGAAGUGCUAUCUCUCUCUGAAAUGAUCUUUGUGCUUUGUAAAGUACAUUUUGAUGAUGAAACCCACUUUUUUGCUUCAUUAACAAUCUAAAUUAAGGAUUCCUACUUGUAUUGCUCUGUACUUCUGUUGUCGUUUUACUUCUUUUGCUUCCUCUUUCUCCACCAAACAUGUAAUUUCACUCUUGUUGUCUUCACUCUACAGCAGUAAGGACGCCACCAUGGAGAAAAAAGGCAUCCUGAAAAGUAGGAUUCCGGGAAAACUGAUUCAAAUUAAACCACAGAGUUAAACGUGUGUUCAAACAAGGUUUUUACUUGAAUUUGUCGCCCCCUGUAGAAGUGAGCAAAUUCAGUGGGGAAAGCAGCACCACCCAGAGUAGCUCCAUCGGGCCUGUGCGCUGGGCUCUACCUGACUCUGUGGACAGCGCUCAACCUCACAACUCUGCACCCAGUGGACCCACAAACAGCAACAACAGCCUCACCAAGAGCUCACAGGUACAACCACGCCCAAUUUUAUCAAGCGCUUACGUCUUGAACUUCACUCUGUAUGAAUCUCCUCUUCGGAUUCUCAGUGUCAUAAAAUCUACCCGAUGUUUAUUUCCUACAGCAGGGCGCUCGCAAGACCGGCCUGAAGAACCUCCAGAGCCUGCAGGAGUGUGUGCAGUUCAUCCAUCACUGGAAGGAGCAGGUGGAUCAAGUGUGCAAGGUAGGACGUGAGCGGAGGAAGGAAACAAGAGCGGAAAAAUAGUCAAACAGAAACCUGAUGGUGCAAUAAAACAAAACGAGGCUGCUGUAGGUUUGUUUAUCAAAUCCAGAAAAGGAAGAUUAGAAAUUUAGGACAAGGGUUUUACACGAGGUCAUUUCUGACUCCAGCGUGGAGAGUUUUUAUCUGUCAGCUCUGUUUACAGUUGGUUAUAUAGAUAUUAGACGGUGUCAAGCAGGUGAACCAGGCCAGUGUGUUUGUAACAGGUUGAACAAGCGCAGCUAAUAAAAGAGGUUUGCUUGUUCCGGAGGGUGAUGACCAGGUUAGCUGGUCAGGUUGAUCUUUAGGACACGUGUUUAUAGGUUUUACAGCUCAGGUACAUGACCUCCUUUUAUACAAGUCUGACUGGGAAAAGCUGGAUCUAACUCGGCACGUGCCAUAUAAAGUUUUUACGAGAUAGCGUGUGAUUUUAUCCUGGCAUUUAUAAGGUUGUGAGUUUAUUUACACUGCGGGUAUUUCUCCUCUCCUUUCAGAAAAAUGUACUCCUGCUGUUUUUCACAAACUAAAUUUACCUGCACAUAACUAAUUUUAACAUGUAAAAGUUUCUUUUAAAUACCAAAAUGAGAAAAUUUAAGAGUGUAAACCAAAGUUUUCAACACCAACUUUUACAAACUUGGCCUUGAACCUUCUGUUUCUAUCAGCAUGAGCCUGUUGAAUAUCCUGCUCAUUUGAGAUAAACACUUUUAUGGCUUUAAGAGUGUCUGACACUGUGUUGUGUUGUGUUUUUUUCAGGGCGGCGGUUCUGCAAAAGAAGAUGACGCUAAGAAGGAAGCUGAAAGUACAGACCGGAGAACUGAGCGGAGCCUCGAGGAGAGCAGAAAAAUGAUCCUAGAGUGGGCAGACGAACUCCGUCAUGUUGAUAAAGUGAGUGUACACAUAAAGGGGAAGUGAAACUGCCCACAAAAAUAUAUUGUUAGUGGCAACUGGUGAGUUACAAUUGUUCUGGUAGCCAUGGUGACAAGAGAAACUCAUUCGUUUUGUGAUCUUAGCUCCUGAAGACCUCCCGGGCCGAGAGUAAAAAAGGCGAAAAGAAAGCAAAAGAGGAUAAAGAAGAGGCGCAGCUCAGGAUGAUGGAGUGGGCGAAGGAGCUGCAGGAAAAAACAGAGGUGAGGAGUCCUAACUGUGAAACCUGGAGGUCGCAUGUAGAGUAAAAUAUCAGAGAUCGUGUCGCCUCUCCUGCCUCUGAAACGAGUGUUUGUUUCAGCAGAUUUGUGGCGUUCAGAGCGAUGAGCUGGGUAAAAUGUUGCGACUCCUCGGUUUGAAGAAGAAGCGUCUGGGAAACCUGCUGCCUCUGAUGGAGUUCAUCACCUGGUCUCUGCUUAAAGAAGACAGCACGGUGAGAUAAGUUUCAGUGUCGUCGUGCGGUACCCUGAUGCCACACUGCGCAGAUAUGACUCGUUACGAAACGACUUAUGCAACGAGAUAUUAGAGUGAACUCUGCCCAUUGUGCGCUGGCAUCAAUAAAUGAACUCUGUCAAUCAGACAAAUGACCCUUAUCAACCUUUGUCUGAUAAAUCGCAGUAAUAAACCUGAAAAACAGAUAGCAGCGCUAACUUAUUACAUAUGCAGAUGAUACUUUGGUGUAUGUUACUAGGGUAUUUUAUAUUAUUUCAGGUAGUCAAAGCAUGACCACUUCAACAUCAGACAAGCUAACUGCUUUACUCACACCUGGUUAAGGCCUUUGAGCUUUAAUUUCAUGUUGACCGACUGCCACAAACAGGAAAAUGUCUCUGUGUUAUUGGGCGUAUAAAACUGAUGUUGUAACACCAUCAAUAGGGAUUGUUUACUGGGAGGUCAACACAAGAUUUACCGCUCAUGAUUACACUUUGAUCUUGUUCUUAGAGACUUAUUUUUCUUAAAUAUUUUUCUCUUUCCCAGACGGCGGUGCCACAGAUGUGGUUACUGACAAAGCAAAGGACUUGGAAAGCAGGAAUUCCAAGAUGGAUCCCAAACUCAGGUGUGGAUUUUUACCCCUGGAUUAGUCCACGAACAUGACGAAUUGAUUGAUCUAUUGAUUGAAAUUUGACUGUAAUAUCUGUCUUUUCAGUUUGGAGUUGGAUUUCAAGCGCAGCAGGUGAGACCAACCUCCGCUAAAUGUAAACACGACAUUUGCAUUUAGCUGAAUUAAGCUAACAUACUCUUUGUUUCGUAUAGCGGAUGUGAUCCUUGACCCGAACACCAAUAACUCCUGGCUGCAGCUGUCGGACGACCAGCGUAUGGUCCAAGAGUCCCACCGCGAGGCCGAUCUACCUUACAGCCCUCAGCGCUUCGACAGCCAGCCCUGUGUACUCGGCUGGGAGGGCUACGGCAGCGGCCGCCACUUCUGGGAGGUUGAAAUAGCCAACAACGGCUACUGGCGCAUCGGCAUGACCACCGCCGACUCCAAGCGUCAAGGCCAUUUUCCAAUGCACCCAAAGCAAAGAUACUGGACCCUGUGGCGCAGCACACACAAGUUCUACGCCUGCACCAAGCCUGAAACGGAGCUGCCCAAUUCCCUUAUCCCUCGCCGGAUUGGGAUCUACUUAGACUACGAAGAGGGUCAGAUCUCCUUCUACAACGCAGAGACAAAGACCCACAUCUACACCUUCACCGGGAGCUUCAAGGGAAAGUUGUACCCUCUGUUUGCACCGAUGGAUGGUCGCACACUCUUGAGAAUCAUCCCACCGAGUCAAAUCUCUGAAUUCUGAGAGAGAGGAACGCUGACUUUUGGACACUUGGAAGGAUUCACGCCGAGUUUCAAAAAGAUCAAGAAAACCACAAAAAUCUGGGGGAUUUCCUUGAAUGAAACAAUUGCAGUAUUAGAAAUGAAAAAAGCCGAAUUUAAACUCCGAGUUAAGUCAAAACUCGCUCUUUAGUGCUGAUGAUUCUGUAAAUAUGUGAAUUGUGAUCAUAGCACUCUAAAAAUAAUGAAAUUAUGGGUAGCAAUUUUGAAAAACUUCAACUACGAUAAGCUCUUGGAUUCAUGUAAAAAUAUUUAUUAGAAUGAAAACGGUUGAGAAUUUCAAAAUAAGAGCCUGUAAUGUAAAAUAAAUGACAGAUUUACAGUGAUGUGUAGAUUAUGACGCCAGAUUUGAGAAGUGUGAACACAUUUUGCAUUUAAAUAAAUGCAUGCACUUUAUAAUGCACCUCAGAUUUCCUCAUAAUAAACAUAAAAACACACCCUCUUGUCUUUCUUCUUUUACAUGCAUUAUUGUAGUUUGAAGUUUGGUUUUGCAGGCACAUUAUACAAAUCAGUCAGGAGUCUUUCUUACAAAUCCAGGGUCCGUAUGCCUCACAGCUGGCGGCAAAGAGACUCCCACCUCCCCUCAGGUCUGCACAGUCCCUGUGAUCAGCAUCCCACUCCACAGUCAGCCUACAAAACACAACAAAAAAGACAAAUGUAAAAGACAAAAUGUAUGUUUAUAUGUACUAUAUUUUCAGAAUAAAAGCAAACUAAACAAACCUUUUAUGAUGUUUCUCUUUUAAUAAUCAAGAUAAUUCAGAUUAAGUGAAUCAAAGUGAGAGUUGAGGAUUAUUGGUCUUAUUUUCAGAUUCUAACCCGAACCCUAAAGGAGGCCUCAGAGAGCAACCUGCACCAACAUCUGUGAGCAACUUCACCAUCUUUAGGUCAAAAAUGGGACAAAUCAUCAAUAACGAACUUUUGUUUCAACUUGAGAUAACUUUCACAGCCUUAAAUAAGAUCGCUCCUCGGCUAAUUUGAGUUUGCUUCAUACAAAAGCAGAAAGAAAAGACAAAAAACAAUAGAGAAUUUAUAAUGGACUUUAAAGGUUGAGUUUGUCCUGAUAAAUGUGUUAUAGUUAUUGAGAACUUACGACAUGUGGUCCUGGAUGUCCGUCCCGUCGGACCACUGCCAGCGACCCUCUUGCUGGGUGUCCGUCAGUCCAACCCACAGGAAGGGAAACUUGGGGAAAGACCUCAUCACACUUUGGAUGAACUCCUAAAGGAGGAAGAAACAACCUCUUGAUGAAUUAAGAGACAGAAACAAACAAACGGCUCCUGGUGUUUUCUGUUUCAUAUUCACCAUCUCUGCUGAGUCUGUGAUCACAGCCAGGCUGCUGUUGUGUUUCCAGCAGAACUCCGCGCUCUCGUUCCACCGGAGGUUCUCCUGGACUCCCACUGAGAAGAAGUAGCAGUGACUCCUCCACCACAGCCAGCCGUCAGGACACAGACUGCACCUGGAGUCUGCACACGGCAGCAGAUUAACACAAGAGUGCACAAACCAGAGCAGUGGAGAGUUGAGAUGAUCAAUCACCCCGAGUCGCAGUGUGGAGCAUCACAGUCAGGUCAUGGCGCUCCUUUUGGCACUGCUGCAGUCGCUCUGUUUGCUGCUUUAAUGACGUUUUGUAGACGAGGUGAUCGUCCUCUGGUGCUGCCGUCCACCUGACUGUCAAAGAAACAUGAGGUGAGUUUAAUAACUUCAUAAAACUUCAUAAAAAUUUGACUUUAUCUCUAUCAUAGACAGUUGAAAAGGAUGGACGAUGUUACAAUCUCUCAUAGUUGUGGCGCAUUGGCCUUAAAGCUCGCCUCCUCCAUGUCGACAGAUGGGACAUGGGUGAAACUUUAAAACCAGAAUACUUGACGAAUAUUUUUUUUUCUUAAACAUGGUUUUUGUCAUGUUGGUCAGGGGAUGUGACAAUAUGAUUUACAGCCUUCUUGACUAAUGUAACUCAGGAAGUGCAGUUGGCAUCAGAUUAACAGAGUGGAGAAGAUGUGAGACCAACACACUCAGUGCGUUUACAUGCACAGCUUAACCGAACUAAGCUCAUAUACAUGCAACUAAGAAAAUCCAAUUAUUGACGUGAACGUGUCCUCCUCCCCAAAACUAGGGGGCGAUAUGGGUCUUUUCAGCUGCACUGUUUCUGACCCCAUACAACUGUCAACAACAACAGCAGGCUCAUGCCAUAAGUCAGAAGUGUCUACAACUGCUGCUGGGCAUUUUCAGGCAAUUUCCAGGUUUACGGGGGCGUGGCAUGGAGUUCUCAAACUCUGAUUAUAGUCGGACUAAGGUGUUUACAUGCACUUCAGUUGUCCGGUCUUAAUCAGAGUAAGGCAAUAACUUGUUUUUCUCGAGUGUCAUGUAAACGUACUGACUGACAUGUGAGUCUCUGAAUUUCACAUAAUUGUUAGUUUUCACUUUAAACCCACUGAAGAAGCUGUUUCGAGAUGUGUGCAUCUGUCCUUGCAGGUGGGUAUUUUGGUUUCACUUUUAUUCAACAGCAGGAGGCGGACUUUGUCGUCCAUCUUUAUAUACGAACAAUGGUAAAAUGAAAAACUGCCACGUCAAAAUGCCUCAAAAGCAGUUAGUGAUUAUUUGAAUACAAGUCUCUCUGUCUGGAAAAAUAGCCAAUCAGAUUUACUUUGGAGGCCCAUGUCACAUCUGACUGGCUCCUGAAACCUUUUUGAGUCUUGGUAACUCUUUCUAUUAUUAGCUCAGGCUUUAUACAGCAGAUCAGCAGAUUGACUUGUUUACUCAGAAGUCUACAAAGUCAGGACAUGAUCGACUUUGCUUAAAACAACUUUUUUACGUAAGUAUUUUGGAGUAUUUUUGGAUAAAUUCACUAAGAAAGAGAAGGAGUAACACAAAUACAGACAUUUGUAAACGAAAAACAGUGUCCGUUGAUACUAUUUCAGCGUAAAAACUUCGAAGUGUAUCAUCCAAAUACUCACCAAACAUUAUCAAACACAAAAAAAGUCCCAUGACCAGAAAUGUAGUUGAAAGAGCAACAGCAACACGAGCCGUCAUCUGACAUUUUGGACAGCAUCCUGCAUCUGUAAAGUUAGAAAAUCACAAUGUUAGUCUUUCUUGACACUGAAUAUGAGUUUUUUAAAAGAUAAGAACACAGAAUAACAGACUUUUUGAGGAUUUUUUUGUUUCUUUCAACACAAAAAAAAUCAUUUAUUCACAUCAGCUUUGGUGGCUGAUGCUCUUUAUGACGAACCUGCAGGUGUUUCCCUCGCAGCGUCCUCCUCCUGGUCCCUCAGAUCCAUUCAGCCGUUUGUACCUCGUCGUCUUUUCACCCAAACUCUUACACGGGCUUGUGUGCUCAUAUAAAGAAAACGUGCUUCAUUUUACAGCUCUCUGUUUUAACACAGAAGCUGAAAAUAGAGACUUCAGAGUAAAACAGGAAGCUGGCAGGGAGGGUAAGUAAUAACCCCAGCUGGCCCCAUCUCGGCCCCUGGAGACAUUAUGUAUGCAGAAGUUCACCCACAAGAUGAGCUUUACAUAACAGGUUUGAAGCUGCGGUGGUUCUGAUGUGUUGAAUGUGACACUGUAAAUUCACCACUGUCUAUAUCCACAUAAACAAAGCCAUCAGGUAAGUUAUUUUUAGUCAAAGGCAGCAGUAAAUUUGGAUUUUUGUUGAUAAAAAUUCCCCAAAGAAACACUUAUGAAUCCUAAAAUCACACUUUUUUGUGCCAUUAAUUCCCUUUUUUUUUACCAUUAUUUUUUCACUUUAGAUUUGUUUUAAUUACACAAGAACAAAGAAAAAGAAAUCAAGUUGGUUUAAUUGUCUUUAUCUUGUAAUCAAUAGCGGAUAUUGUUUCAUUUAUCAGCUGCUUCACAGCUGAACAGAUUCUUGUAAUAAUUCAAAACAGAGACUUAUGGGUUUGGGAAGUUCAGUGACUUUUAUACAGUACCUCCUGGACUCUGAUCACCCUGUGCAGAAUCCUCCAGGAGCCCACAUUUAUCAGUUACUAAUCAUUUAAAAAAACAAAAAACACUUGGACAUAAAUGAGCUCAAUAAGAACUAACUAUAACGACAGAAACCAUGUUUGAGUGGGAUUUACUUGAUUUGUAUUUUAAUCUUAUUAUCAGACCCAUAUCCCAUCAGUUAACAUGAGGGGGGCAGGGUUUAUGAUCCAUUGUGCAACCAGUCAGCAGGGGGAGCUCUAAGUCUUCUGGCUUAAAGAAAACUGGACUCUACAGUUUAUGAUACAAACUUUACAAAGAGGUCAUGGGAUUUGUAAUCAGCUCAAAAACUUUAUUGAAAAGAUUAAUUUUUCACUUAUAAAAAGAUCUCCUAACAGUUCAAUAAAAUUAUCAUUUUCUGUCAAUGGAGUUACAAUUAAUGGAAGAUAAUCUUUAAAAAAAAAUGUUAAAAUUAUUCAAUAAACAAACAUUUUGACUCUCUUCUUGUACAUUUACUCAUUGUUUAAUCUUGCCUCCUAAUUUGAACAAAAAGUUAAAGUUCCUAUAAGGAAGUUUUGGUGCCCCCUGUAAACAAAGCAGCCUUUACUUAACCUGCCCUCUCCAUGUUUGAAUAGUGACCUCUGAUAAAAAAAAAAAAGGAUCUCAUUAUGCUGACUUUUGACAGUCAAAUGUUCAUUUAAAUUCAAUAUUUUCAGAGUAAAGAUUAAGAUCAGGCAUUUUUUUUUUCAGCUGACACCUACCCACUCAACUUCAGGCAGGAAAAACUACAACAUCAGAACUGUCUGUCUUGUUGCUGAUGGUCUUGUUUGCUGUUUAAUAUCAUUAAAAGUCAUCAGUUUUAAUUCUAGUUCAUUUCAUUAACAUAAAGAAAACUGCUCACAGGAGCUUUAAGUUCUUUUUCCAUUUUUUCUGACAGAUAAUCAGGACAAACAACAAUAAGAAAAUAGAAAAGAUGCUUACUUGAUUAUAAUAAAAGCCUUUAACUCACAAAUGACUAUUUGAUUUAUUCUACAGCCUUUUACCCACUAAAACCAAAACAAACAGUUUAACUUGUGUUUUCUAAAAUUUCUACUUCUCCAGCUCCCAGAAAACUUCUCUUCCCAGCUCUCUCUCGAGGAAUGCCUCCAACUGAAACAAAAAGACACGCACGGAUGAAGAAAACACGCUGAAAACACGCGACUUUCUGUAUUUUGGUUCAUGUGAUUACUGACGUACCUGUCUGAGAACACUUUCCCUCGUGUCUUUUUUAUCGCAGAGGAGAAUUUCUGGAGAUGAGCAUAACAUGGACAGACUGACCUCUCUUGUUUCAGGCACUGAGGAACAAACAAAGAGGAAGUCAGAAUGAGGAAGCUCAUGCUGUAAAAUUCAAAUGAGGAGAUAUGUUAAAAGGCACACCAUUAAUGUGUUAUUUGCAGUUUAUUUGUGUUGCUUCGGUCACCAGUUAUACACACUCAUGAACUUUUAAUGAACUUCCUUGUAUUUAUGAAUUAUUUUUUACCCUUGUACCUUGACUCCAAUACUUUAAAAUAUAAAAUACUUAUUUGUCAGUGACUUUCAUGUCUUAUAGUUUUAGUUUGGUAGACUUUGAUUCAAUGUGACUUUAAGCCUCUUUCAUAAAUGUAAAAAAACCUCCUCACUGAGGCUUUAUAGAAAGUUCCAACAGUCUGAAGAUACAAGAGUCCUCGAACUAUUUCAGUUAUCUGUCAUCAAAUUUGAAUAUUUUUGAGGGUUAGUCUCACUGGGAUUGAGUUCAGGUACAUCAAUAUAAACAUUUAAGUUUGUUUUCUUAUAACUUUUGAAUAAGAUAAGGAUGAACUUGAAAGGAAACAUCAGGCUGACUCUAACUCUGGGAGAACCAGAUUUCAUGAGUAAAUGAAGGGUAACUAAUUGGACGUUUAAAAAAAAAUCUGAAUUUGGACUUUUUAGAGAAUAUUUGGACUUCUGUGCUGUUUUUUUUUGUUUUCGGUUUUUUUUUUUUGCAGUACUUGAAAGUAGACAUAAAGGAUUUUUAACAUAAUAUUCAUUUAUUAAUUAUUGUUAUCAUUAUGAUUUUUUAAAUUUAUUAUUAUUGCAGUACUUGAAAGAGGACAUAUAUGAUUUUUAUUAUUAGAAAAUAAAAAAAAAUAAAAAACCUUUUGACUUUUUAGAAACUAUUUGGACUCCUAGGCUGUAUUUAAUUUUUAUUAUUUAAUUAUUUGUUUUUAUUUUUAUUUUUUUGCAGUACUUGAAAGUAGACACAAAUGAUUUUUAUUAUCAGAAAUAAUAAAAAAAACAUGUUGACUUUUUAGAAAAUAUUUGGAUUUCUGUUUUUUUGUUGUUGUUUUUUGCAGUACUUGAAAGUAGACAUAAAUGAUUUUUAAUAUCAUAAAGUAAAAAAAAAUAUUUUGAAUUUUAAAAAACUAUUUGGACUUCUGUGCUGUUUUUUUUUUUUGCAGCACUUGAAAGAAGACGUGAUUUUUAUUAUCAGAAAAUUGAAAAAAAAAUGACUUAAAAACUAUUUGGACUCCUUUUUUUGAGUACUUGAAAGUGGACAUAAAUGAUUUUUAACACACACACAAAAAAAAUAAUAAUUGACUUUUUGGCAACUUUUUGGACUUGUGUGCUGUUAUUUAUUUAUUCAUUUAUUUCUUUAUUAUAAUAAUUAUUAUUAUUAUUGUUAUCAUUAUUAUUUUUUAAAUUUGUGCAGUCCUUGAAAGAAGACAUACGUGAUUUUUAUUAUCAGAAAAUAAUUUAAAAAACAUUUUGACUUUUAAGAAACUAUUUGAAUUUCUGUGUUGUUUUUGUGCUGAACUUGAAAGUAGAUAUUAAUGAUUUUUAUCACCAGAAAAUAAGAAAAAUUAAUCAUGUUUUGUUUGUGUCAUGUUUUGGGUCUUGGAUUCUCACCUGUAAAACGGGACACAGUAACUGGUGAACUGAAUGUCCCGCCUGCAUCUGUUCGCACUUCGAUUUUGUAACUUGUCCCAGAUCUCAAGCCGUCAAAUGUGUGGCUGGUUUGGUCCUUCACAGUUUGAGGGUAGCUUUCGCCCCAGAAGCUGGAGCUGAUAUUGACCAUAUAUGUAUUUGAUGCCGUCCCGCUGGGUGCAUCCCACUCGAACGAGAGUUUGUUUUUUUCUGUCAUGGUGACCUUCAGAUCAGUAGGGGGCUUCGGCACUGAAAAAAAGAGAAGCAAGAGGAAAGGAGGUGGUGAUUUGUCUGAAUGCAACCCAUGUUUUUAUUCUUUUAUACAAACAACUUAAAAAGAUAUCCAACAGAUGAAGGACUCACAGGUGAAUUUGGAUUUGGUCACUGGUGGGCUUUUGAAGGAUCCACUAACAGCCCAAACAGUCACUGUGUAAUCAGCUGCACUCAUCAGGUCUUUAAACGUCUCACUUGGCUUUGUUAGGUCGUAUUCCGUGUCCACGACGCUACCAUUAAACGUCAGCGUGAUGUUGAAAGAUGAAUAAUUACUCUGGGGAGGGUUCCAGGUGGCAGACAGGGAGUGGUCAUCGGGUGUCAAAAUCAGGUUGGAAAUCGGCUCUGGACCUUUGGAGGAUCAGCAGAGUCAGAUUAGUGACACUCAAAGUAGCAGGAGGGUUUUUAGUCCACUCUGAUCAACAACCAGGUGAAAAAUGUGAAAGUGUAAUCUCAUAGUUACUCGUGUAGCUCUGGAUGGUCACUUCAGCUCCCUUCAAGGUGUCACCGACCAGUGCUCUUACGCUGAGAGUUAUCUUGGUUCCCUGUGGCAGACCCGUCAAUUCCACUUUAGUCUGUUCCACCACUUUAGGGUCCACUAAUGUGCUGUACAGAGAGACAGAGAUUUCACCCAUUCAAACACACAUACCACUGUAACAUGUGUUCACUUUGUUGUCUACAAUCACCCACUCAUUAUUGUCACUGUCCACAGCCAUCACUAAGUAACUCAAGCUGUUUCCUUUGGGUGGAUCCCACUGAAGCCACAGAGAGGUGUUUGUGUUUUCAGACGCCCUCAGGUUGGACACUUUCCCAGGUCCUAAAAGAGAAGAUGGAUGAAGAAAUAUGACAAAAAAAAAUCAGUUUACCGACCCUAAUCAAAAUUUUUUUAUAGGUUUGUAGAGAAAAGACAAACAAAGCUCCUGUGAGAUAUCGUAACUCUCUUUAAAGGGAUAUUCCCGCAUAUAAUUAAUUUAGGGUCAAACACACCGUAACACAAAGUUAGACGUCACCUUGAGAGGUGAAUGUUGCCGACCACUUGCUUCUCUAGUCAUACCAUCUUUAGUAACAACCGCAUGAUAGUAAUACACAGCGGUCUGAAGAGCCAUACACAAACCUCAACUAAAACACCACUCUAUAGCCACAAAUGCUCAGAACAGCACCUAACUUCAUCAACAGUACAUAUAGGGUCCUAGGCAUAGUACUAGCCACCAAACAUCUUUUUAGCUUUGCCUGAUUUCUUUAGCAAAGAGACUAAACACAACUCACCCACUCUCUUCCAGCAGUCGCUUGCUUGUAGCAAGAGCUCGGGCCAGUCCGUUAUGGACUGCUGCGGGGUGAUGCAGCUCAAGGAAGAACAUUUAUGAUAAUUUCUUUAUCAUUUCCUUGAAGUAAUAAUUAUUAUAUUAAUCAUUUUGCACUGCAGACGCGGUAGUUCUUCUGCUUUAGCAUCUCGGUCUGAUUGCAUCUCCAUGAAGUAAUAAUCAUAAAUGUUCUUCCUUGAGCUGUGUCACCCCACUGCAGUCCGUAAUGGACUGGCCCGAGGUCUCACUACAAACAAGCAAGCGGCUGCUGGAAGAGAGUAGGUGAGUUGUGUUUAAAGAAAUUAGGCAAAGUUAAAAAGAUGUUUGGUGGCUAGUACUAUGGCUGUGACCCUGUAUGUACUGUUGAUGAAGUUAGGUGCUGUUCUGAGUAUUAUUUGUGGCGUUUUGGUUGAGGUUUGUUUAUGGCUCCUCAGACUGCUGUGUACUGCUAUCAUGUGGUCGUUACUAAAGUUGGUAUAACUAGAGAAGCAAGCAGUCCGCAACAUUCAUCCCUCGAGGGGGUGUCUAACUCGGUGUUACAGUAUGUUUGACACACUGUAAUAUUCAGGCGUAGAUUAGUUUUAAUGGCGGAAUAUCCCUUUAAGCGAAACAAUGAGACAGAAACUCACUGGUGUAUUGGCUGAUCCUGGAUUCUUCGCUCCAUUCGGAUUUAUCUUUGACUCCGGCGAUGACAGUGAAGUUGUAGAGACUUCCAGGUGUCAAACCAUCGACCUCCACACCCUCUGUGGAAGUUUCAGUCUCCUCUUCCAGCCACUUCACGACAUACAAAUCUGCCUUUCCAUCCGGUUUGUCCCAGCUCAGGAAGAUGGAGGUUUCAGUCAUUUUGGCAGCGGUGAGGUUUCUGACUUUGUUUGGCGCUGAAAGACAGACAAGAUACUUCCUUUUUUAAACCCGUUUAUUGACGCAUUAGUUUCAGUUUAAUCAUAAAACAUCGGGAAGAAAACGGAGUCACAAACAAAUUCAGGAAAACUCACUGGUGUAAAAGUCGACUUUUUGGGGGUUGAGGUCUCUCUCGCACUUGACAGGGAACACCUGCACUGAGUAGAGGUUUCCUCCUGUCAGAUCCUCAAGGUCAAAGGUCACAUUAGUCAGUCUGUCCGUGGGCUCCUCUUGACCGUUGACCUCCACACGGUAGUGGCUGAUGUUACCAGGACCUUUCGGCCAUUUGAGGCUGGCGCUGGUGGUCGUCACGUUGGUCACAUUGACUUCGCCUACGAAGCGUUCUGGGAAUAAAAGGUUCGUUUGUUUCAGCGGAUAAAGCCGGGUCAUUUGGAUCAAUAAUUAUUGGAUGGACUGAAACUGAUGAGGCAGUUUUACCGUCAUAACAUAUAAAAGGAAGACGCUCGGAGCACUCCUUCUCUAUCCACGCCCCGAAGCUCAGCACAGCCACACACGAGUCCUCGAUGUAGUUCUCGUCCUCAGAGUCUGGGAUAUCAGGGGUCAGCAUUGGCGAUCGCACGCACUCGGACUCUAUCGGCGGCGCGGAAGUCAUCGUGGGAGGACUUGUGGUAAACCCCGGGGCCUUUCGUUUGGGGAUGUUUGUGGAAUCAGUGGAAAGUGUCUCAUUUGUAGUGUCGUACACGCUGAAUGCAUACACAUCGGUCAUAGUUUGAUCAGUCGAUGAGUUAGCGUAGUUUGUCACAUCUCCUUGUGUGUUUUCCUCAACUCUGCCAGAGCCGGUCACACCAGGGGUCGUGAAGUCUGUGAAGUAGGCGGCGGUUGUCGUUCUUGGGGUUGUUGUCGCCGGGCACGUGCAGGAGCAGCUGCAGCAAUCUCUUGGAGGAGGGGGCUUCUUAAAAACAGGCCAACCAGGGUACCAGUUCUGGAAGGUGAGGGGGUCCCCAUUGGCCCAGCGGGACCAGGGCAUAAGGAUGCUGCUGUUGGUGGCGUUGUUGCUGGUGGAGUUGCUGGAGUAACCGUCUUCAUCACUGUUGCUGGUUGAGUUGAAGUUCUUUCGAAGGCCGAUCCAGGAGUCAGUCGAGACUUUAUCUGUAAUGUUUCUGGUGUUUUGAGGCGUCAAGGUCGCCAAGUCUUUGAAACAGAUCUGAGAGGAAGUAAGCAGGAAGUUACGGGACAUCUGUAGCUAACCUAAGGCGACCACACACAUCCACUUAUAUACCAUCUGUGGGUGCGAGGGGGUAGGUGUUCGCCAACUAGCCGAAGAAACAGCCCCAGAGCUCAAAUGAGGAACUUUUGGUUUGUGUGAAAAGUUAUUUAUUACAACAUAUCUCAUCCCGCUGACAUCUGACAGUCGGAUUUAGUAUUUAUUGUGGAUAUUUAAAGUGGAAAUUGUAAAAUCUGGGUUGUUUCUUCGGAUGCAGAAUUCAGAUCCACCCCCCUACCCACUUAUUUCAGACAAUAAAUAUAAGGAUAUAAAAAUCUCAAGUCUUGUCUCUGAUCGUCUUGUUUGAUUUUGUAAAUCACAAACAGGCAGCAAGAUAAAUUUUAGUCUAGUUUAUGAAUGUGAAAAAACUCCUUAUAGGAGCUUUAAAAACAAAUAAAUUUGCUAAUUUGAAAACCUGUAAUUUAAAGGCUGUUUUGAAAUCAUGAACCUUUCUUUUUUCAAACACACCUGGCAGUGGCUCCUCGCUUCAUCCCAGGUGAGGAUUUCGGACUGAUUGAAGUACUCUAACUCUGCAGCACUGUACGAGGAGAUCAGAGCUGCAGAGGAAAGAGGACAGAACUCUGAUCAAUCUGAUUGAUCGGUAUUUGAACUCAACAGAAACAGUUUCCUGAAUUUAUGGCUGCUCAUUUAUUCCCUUUCUUACAUGAUUGGACAAACUAAUUAAUCCAGGUGUGCCUGAUCAUUGCGAUUAUUCAGACACACCUGGAUUAAUCAGUUUGUCCAAUCAUGGAAGACAAGAAAUAGAGGAGCAGCCUUUAAUUCAGGAAGUAGAGGAUCGAUGCAUAGAGCCCAUAGUCAUACCUUACUACAAAUCGAAUACAAGAAGUAAAUACAGGGACUUUAUCAAUACAACAAAUUACAAAUAUACUUAAAGCGAGGAAUUAAAAGAUUUAAGUUGUAGAUUACUGUCAUGAAUAGUUCUUUUUUUACUCAAAAGUUAACAACUCAAGCUGAAAGAUUAAGUUUGAAGAGUUUUUCAUAACUAAAGGCUGUAAAUGUUUUAGUUAUUAAAAGAAAUUUGCGUUAAUAUUUUUGAAAUUUACAAUUUUUCAGACAGAAAUUUGUUGCUUCUGCACAUCCAAAUAAUAAUAAAAAACUACCAGUAUUAUCAGUUACAUACAGCUCACAAAUAAAUGUCAUUUAAUGUUUAAUACUCACCACAAAUAAUUAGAAAUAACUCCGCCAUGAUGAGCUCUCGAUCUGUCCACGAAUAAACUCAGCCGAUAAAUGUUUCCUGAGCCGGAGGUUAAAAGGAACUCGACAGUGGAAUGAACCCACAUCUGCAUGGAAGGAUGUAUAUUUGUUUGAGACAACAAAGCUGCGUUCAGCUCUGCACAGUUGAAUACUGUUUUGCAUCUGUCCUGUAAAGAUGCAAAGUAUUUCGAGGAAAAUGUCAAACACACAGACACAGACGCCUUUCUGGACAUUUUAUUACAGAAUUUAUUCGUGAUGUUAAGCCUGAGUAACAAAAUGCGGAUUAGUACAAAAAAAAGCAUGAAAAAAAAAAUGACAACGAAAAAAUAUAACAAGUAAACCUCUUAUACAAAACUAAGAAUAAUCUAUUAGGAUACAGAAAUAAAACAAAGAUACGAACUUAUGGAUACUUUCAUUUGGCAGUGUGAAAACAUCAAAGUGGUUUUAAGGACAGUGAUUGGUCAAAACAAACUGAAGUGCUCGUCCAAUGACACGCUGUGAUUUCUGUGGCCGAAUGUGAAAAUGGGGUUUGAUUUUGGGGGUGAACCAGCCAGCCCCUGAUCUACCAAAUCUAGUGUUUACGUUUCAACAGGAUCAUCAUAAUUACUUGUCUGUAGAGGAAGCUGCAGCCUCUCAUCAUUCAUGUCAGGUCAGAAAUCAUGAUCACUUGGUUUGGCGCGUUUUAAAAACAAAGUCAUUGAAAGAACGACCUCUUCAGUUCUCAUUCACUACAUGGAGCUAAAAUGACUGCGUAAUAAACAUGGCAGAAACAGUUUCAACAAUUAUGGAAUAGAUAGAACCUCGAAGAAAUCCCUGCCAAGAUUAACACUGUCUGACUCAGCCCACCUCCAUGAUAUCGUUUUUCAAGCAUGCAAAGUUUAAUGUCUUGGAGGAGACUUCUCAGCACUGACAGGGGGUAACCUGAUGUUUUAGGGGGUUGAUGAAGAAGAAGAGGAGGAGGAGGAGGAGGAGGAGGGGGGUGAUCUCAUGAUUUUAAGGCGAUGUUAAAGCUGCUCAGUCGCUCUCGCUCCGCUCUUCUUUUCGCAGCAGCCUCUUUCCACUGGAGGGGAGGGGGAGGGGCUCUUUGUUGGAGGACUUGGUCUUUGCCCUGGAGUCGAUGUAAAGCAGAAAAAAGUGAGUGUUAGGAGUUUGAAAUACAAACACUCCUGAAUUAUUCAUUUCCAGACAACAUCGAGAUAGUUUUCUUACUUCUCUUUGUCCAGCAGCUCUAACCCAUCGUUUAUUUUCUUUAGCAUCUCAAAGCGCUCUUUUCCACGCACCUGCAGGAACAGACCGCACAUUCAUCAGAUGACAACAUGGUCACAUUUCAAAACAUCUCAACCUUCGGCGCAGACUUUUUUACUUACAUGGAGGACGAACGUCUCCUUGUCAUCCUCCUCCGCGCUCGAUGCCGACUUGGUCCUCUUAAACGAUGAAGGAUCUGGUGCUGGAGCGCUCUCUGGAUGAAUAAAAGACAGGUUAGAAAAAAAAAAGAAGUAAUCAACAGUCACUCACAAAGCUUAAAAGAUAAAGACAAACGCACUUCUCUUCUUGAUCGGUUUGGCUUCAGUCUUGGCUUUGCCGUGAUUCUCCUCCUCAGUCUUUCGGUCCCUGCCUGGACAUGCGCAGACACGCACCUCGAAGCACCUCCGACCCAGGACAUGCCCUCUUCAGAGAGAGAGAGAGAAAGAAAUGUUUUAAUUAACGACUGAGAACAAUGAGUCAAAUAUGAACCUUUUCCCCUCUUAUCAACACUUCUUUAUACUCCAGGAUACUUACUCUGGGGUCUCAAGGGUCAGGAUCGUAAGGAUGGGUCUCCUGUUCAUCCCACCCAUGCAGGAGCUGUUGCACAUGAACUUGAGCAAGAUGGUAGUCAUCUCAGAGCCCAGCUGAAGCAAAAGAAAAAAGACAAACAGGAACUUAUUGACCUUUACUUCUUGUCCUUUUUUCAGAGCAUCGAAAAAGGCUAAUCUUAAAUUUAGGAGACAAAUCCCUGAUUGUCUGACACCUCCAGGAUUUAAUGGAUUUUUUUAACCACAUUUGACACGAUUUCUACUCAAAAUAGUUUAAUAAAUGUUGAAAAGACAAGCAUGCUGCGCCUCAGACAGAGUGAGUACGGCGGUGUUACCUGCGGUGGUUCGUAGGGAACGGUCACGCUCUGCCUCUUGGUGUGGAUGUCCUCGUGGUACAGCGCUCUCUCGCUGCCCUCCACUCUGAUCAAAUGACUACGGUUUUCCGCCGCUGAAUGAAAGAAAAUUGAAAAAAAAAAAAGGAUUUAAAAUCAACAGGUCUCCGAUCAUAAAGAGGAUUAAGUUAUCCACAGAAACAUCUUCCUUACUAGCUUCCUCGUUCUGAUGGUGAGGGCAUCUUCGGACCACUUCGGCCACAUGCUCCGUCUUCUUGUAGACCGCCGUGGCCCUCAGGACGGCCCCCGCUGGAGGCUCUUUGCCCACCAGAACUUCAACCGGGUUGGUCUUGUCGAGUUGACAAUACAGCUUGUUCAAGAUUUCCGAAUACUGACGAGAAGACAGAGGAAAGUUCAUGUUAGCCUGGAGCUUUAAAUCCGUCCUUGUGCUCAAAUACCGGUCUGAGAUCCGCUUUAAGAAAUCAGAUCACUAAAUCUUGAGUCCUGAUUUUCUAUCAAAUAACUCCAAUCUUCUCCUUUAACCUGAAACAAACUACAUCUAAACUUCCAUGACUGUCAGAUUUAAAGACCAUUUUCACCUCGCUGUCUUCCCUUUUAACCCUUCCUGUGCUGGAGGACGACCGUGCAGGAACAUGUCCCGUCAUGUCAGAGCUGCGCUUUACAACCAGCCUGCACCGCUCCCACAGAUCAGAGCAGAGCUCGCAGGAGGGCGGGGGUUUCAGGGCAGACCAAACUAACUUCAGCUAAACUGGCCAACUGCGGCACGCUGCUGGGUGAGUCACCGUGGAAACAUGAACGCUAUUGGCUCCUCAAACGCAGUGCCUGGCCUUAGACUUUAAAAUUUAGCGAAUCGCCAGAAUGAAUAAGAUUCCACAUGAGCGCCACGUAAGAGAAACUAUGAAUGGAUUUUUAACGCAAACUUAAGGUAAGACAUUUUUCACUUUUUAAUAAAAAUGUUUCGAUUUUUUAUUACUUUGAAUUAUUUUAGAGAUGAUUAAAUCUUCAGACACCAGAGAGAACAGUCUCAUUCAGGAAAUCUUUGAUAAAUCUUGACUUUUAAAUGCGAAAAUCUCAUGAAGGCGUUUUAUUUUGUGAAUUUAAAAGGUCCCAGAGCAACAACUUUCAAUGAUUAUGAGCUCAACAAUGUUCGACGGUGAACUGGAGCUCAGAGCUGAACAGCUGCUGAGAUUUCUUUUGUUCUCUGAGAGCCGCUCAUGCUGGGUUGCAGGGUAAUCUUGUCGAACGUUCACACGGUUCAAAUAUGUGCAAUUAAACACAAAUUCACACUUUAUAACGAAUAAAUGACAGAUUUAAGAUGCUUCUGCUGGAACUUUUUUUCUCCUACAAAUAGUUUUGAGGAACAUUUUCACACAUUUAAAAGAACAAUAAAAAGUUUUUUUCUUGAAGUCUAACAAAGUCCAUCUGAGAGAUCACUCACUGUGGAGGUCACAGACUUGGCCGUGCCAGACUUCUGGAACUGCAGCCGGAAGUCAUAAUCCCCCGGAUAGUCUGAGGUGACCGGGACAGUUGAGGCUGGGGGCGUGAUGCCGUCUUUAACGGAAACAUCCGGGAGGUUGAAAAGAUUUUCGUCAAACCCGGCUGAGAAAGAUGGCUCAUUAAGGAGCUGCAAAGAAGAAGGAUUAAAGAGUCAGUCUGCCGCCGUAAAAACACAGUUUAGAAUCAAGUCAAAGUGACGUUAGUGUGUUCGCUGACAUGCUCACCAUCAUCUCCACUGAAUCUGAGUGCCAUGUCUCCUCUGCAGGCGCCCCACCAGGCAGGGACAUGGAAGUCGCUCUGCAAAAGCAAAUAAAGGGUUAUUCCACCUUUCUCCUCAGGAGAUUAAAUCAUUUCAGAGGUUAUUUAAGAUCACAGCACAACUUACACAUUCUCCCACAGCUGCCGGAAUGACUCCUGGCUGAGAGGCAGGGUCUGGCUCAGGGUCAGGUUAUCUAGACUCUGCUGCUGCUCCUCCAUCUUUCUUCACCCAGCUGAGAGGAAACUGGAGCAGCAGGCUAGCUGAGGAGGAUCGACAGGAAGGACUCGUGUUAGGGCUUCAGUGAAAACAAUGAGGUAUGUGGAAACUUUCUGUGGUUGUUGUUUAAAUCAAACACUUUAAAAAUUUUACGUGUGACAUCAAUUCAUGCAUGCUUGAAGUUUUCUUCACAUUGUACACAUCACUUUUCUCCCCAACCCAUAAUGCAUCAAAAGUAACUGUAUUUUUUUCCUUUUUCUUUCUGCUCUGUAUCCCUAUGGAAUAAUAAUAGAGGGGUAGGAAAUUAGUUGGUUGAAAAAAAAAAAAAAAAGCAAAAAUUUUUUGGGGUUGUUAAAUCAAUAUGAAAUAAAAAAGAUGUUUAAAAAAAAAAAAGUAUCUAUUUAUCUUGAGAUCAUUCAUCUGAGGUUAACCACUGAAGCUUAUUUCGCCUGCUUAAAAUUCACAUAAAGCAAGUAUCACAGUAUUAGCCUUAACAACUUCCUGACUUGCCACAAAAAUGUAGUUUUUUCUCAUGAUGCAACAUCAAUUAACUUGUGAUUAAUUGUGCAGCUCAAUAUGCAAUGAUAAAAAUGUCCAUUCAAGUCCAAAGCAGCUGGAAGAUAAAACCAUAACAAUAUAUAUCGAAAAUUAAUUUCCUCAAUAUCAAUAAUCAACAUGGUCAAUAUGCGUUUCUAUAGUUGGCAUUCUGCCAUGUUUAGGUAGACUACACAAAUAGUGUGCUGAACCAAUCAUGUGCUGAAUUAGAACCAAGUGGCAAACAACUGCGUAGUAGCAGGCUGCACAUGAAGCUGACAGCACUGUCAGUGAGAAAUAAGAAAAAGAGUGCUAACCCCUGCAGAAAUGCAGAUAAAGACUUAGAUGACAACAUCGUUGACAACACUGGCAUGAAAACGUCAGUGGUGUGGAGGUAUUUUGUUUUUUUGAGGUCUGACAUGAAGUAGAGUAAUGAGCACUGCAUAUUAUAUCGAGUUCAUGUUCUAACAAAGUCUGGGAAACUUAAUUUUUUUUUUUUUUUUGAAGCAGUGUCACGUGGCAGAGCACGCGCAAUGCAAAAAGUUUGAAACCCCAAGCGGAGAAAAGAGCCGAAACAGCCGACCGUUUAGUCAGCUUUCUCUCGCGCAACGCCUUACGACAAAACGUCAAAGAGACUCAUAGACCUCACAGAUGCAGUAGCUUAUUGUAUUGCAAAAGAAAUGCUACCGAUAAACACUGUUGAAUUUCAUGUUUUAUAUCGUGAUACAUAUCAAAAUCGACUGAUAUGAAUAAAAUAUAUCGUGAUAAACUUUUUCCCAUAUCGACCAGCCCUAAUUUGACCAGAUUCCCACAGCUAAAGCACGCUGAUUUACACUAAAAGUUGUUUGGAGCCAAAUAACAACUUUUUAAUUAUUAUUUUACAAUGUACUUUAAAUGUCAGUACGUUAACAAACACAAAGAGGAUCUAGCUUAAAAUAUUUCAAAUCAAUAAGUACAAUAAAAGAGUUGAAAUCGUAUAGAAACGUGAACAGCCAAACUCUGAUUUCUGUCACACAGUAAAGAGUUAAAGUUGAGACCGGUUGGGCCCAAAGCCUCUAAAAUGCUGACUAACAAUCAAGUUACCCGGUUAAACUUCCUCUUAUUAAAACACAAGUGUUAAUACAGAAAAGCUUAAUUACUAAGUGUUAAAAGGGGGGCAGGACACCCAGUGGACAGACCCCAAACAAAGAGAGAACACAAACAAUCACACAGAGACCAAAACAACACAUGAAAAACUCUUUAACAUGCUAAUGCUAACUAACGUCGACGAAGAGGCCUAAAAUCUGAAUGAAGCUAGCGCUAAUAAAACAAACCUCGUUUUAUUAACAAGCUAUUCAGAGCGAAAAUUAACAGCUUAAAACAAUAAAGCGUCGAAUUUUAGUUAAACCGAGUUAGUUAACAGAGUAAAAGUAUGUUAGCGAACUUAGCGUUAGCAUCACAAGCUACCACCGUUCAGGAAUCCGACUCGCUAAAAUGCGGUAAAACUUUUUUCUCUCGGUUUAAAAGUGGCUUUAAGUUCUCUAUCAGAGCAGAAUCCAGGGUGACUGAACACUCAGCUACCUGAUGAGUCGAACUACAGUUGAGGUGAGUCACUGAAAAGUCGUCGAGUAGGAUGAAUGGUUCCACAAAAGUCCAAAUAUUUUGGGUAAAAACGCCGAGCACGUUGUCUUGCUGUCGGGGAUUCCCGAAGAAUGGAAGGGGGAGGGGCGGGCUUUAAGAUCAAUCGGCGGCCAAUCACAGGGCGUCCCACACUAUGACGCGUUUACAUGCAACGACAGGAAACGUUAAGUUAUAUUCAAGACAGUCGGACAACCAAAAACAACGACACAAUUGCACUGUUGUUUCGCACUUUAUGACCACUUUUUUGUAGCAUAUUUCUGCCAAAAGAUUAAGAUGUUUGUUUAGCACUACACCACUCUAAAGUAAAUGUGUUCAUCAUUGUUUUAAUCAAACUCUUCGGCACAUAAAGGGAACAGUUUAGCUACGUGUUUUACACUUUCAGUUACUCCAAGUAUUAGAUUCAGAAAUCCUGCUGAUGCAUGCUAUUAAAGCACAGAGCCAAACUACACAUGGAAAUAGCCUGUAUUAAUAACAUACCAACAUUUAAAAGACAAUUUAAUGUCAUACAAUAUGAUUUAGCGGAAAAAACAAGCUUCUGUUGAGCUCCUGAAGGUAACAUAACGUAGUAGUGACGUUCGGAAACCAUCUUUAAAAGCACAAUUUCCAGUAACAACCGGGUUUAUGUAAUUAAAAAUUAAUAUUCUGCAAAAUUUCAGCUCACAGGAUUUAUAUUCAUUUAAAGUUUCCCAAUUUUAAAAUUAUUCUCAUUACUUCUCAAUUCUACUAACAAAAUCCCUCUUAUACUACUACAACUACAACUACGACUACUAGUACCUACUUCAACCACUAUUGCCACAAUUAAUACUUUACACUUAUUUCUACCCCUUGCACUAAUACUUUGACUUCAACUUCUACUAUUCUAAAACUUCUACUACUAUCAAUAUGACUACUAAUAUCACUACUACGACUACUUAUCAUCAUACUACAACUAGUACCACAACUUAAACUUCUGCCACUUUUCACUUUUCUCUGUUUUAAGCCAAUUUAAAGCCAAUUUAAGCCCCCAACGCUACAUCC